UUGUCUCAGCUGUGGGAAGGGCAGAUUGUUGCAGCUGUGUGGAGCUGAUCUCAAUGAGCACACAUCCACGCUGUGGAUUAAAUAAUUUCAAUAAGAGUCCUGUUAGAAACCUGUGCAGCGGGUGCAGAUGGGGGGAAACAGCCCGAGUCACUUCUCUCAUGAGGAUGGAGAAGGCGGAGGAGUCACUUUUGUGAAGGGCAUUCGGCUGUCGGACCGAGUCAUCAACCGGAUGAGAGAAGGUUCAAAAGUCGCCAGUCCCUCUCAGAAUGGAUGUCCUUUUCACUCACAUGAAACAGAAACACCAACUCCGGUUCCUGCCCCCUCUGUUGAACACCUUUUACCUCUCCUGACACCUCCACCUCCUGCUCUUGAUGAAGCCCCAUCCACACCACCAUCAGUGGAUCCUCCUCCUGUAAAACUUGUCCCUCCUCCUCCUGUAAAGUUUCACUCCCUUCCUCCUCCCUCUGUGGAGCCUGCAGCCUCGCCUCCACCCGUAGAGCCAAAAUCUCCACCUCUCAGCGAGCCUGUUGUCUCAGCCCCACCUCCACCCAAACUGGAAGCCCCUUUGGAGUCUGUAGCUUCGCCUCCACCUGUAGAGCCAACAACUCCCCUUCUAAGCGAUCCUGCUGUCUCAGCUCCACCUCCACCUCCAUCUCAAUCCCAACUAGAAGCACCUGUGGAGUCUGCUGCCUUGCCUCCACCUGUAGAACCCAAAAUCCCACCUCUAAUGGAGCCUGUUGUCUCAGCCCCACCUCCACCCAAACUAGAGGCACCUGUGGAGCCUGAAACUCUUCCUCCACCUCCUCCUCCUGCUGUGGAGCCAAUAGUCCUGCCUCCUGUUGAAUCCUUUGCACCGCCUCACGUAGAGCUAGAAACUCCAUCUACACCACCGGUAGCAGACUACAGCGUUGAUCCUGUCGUUCUACCUCCACCUGUAGAGCCAGUCGCAGCAGCUGUAGCUCCAUCUGAACCUUUAGCUUCAGCUUUGCCGUCUGAACUUGUGACACAAACUCCUCCAACUACUAUUGAACCUGCUGCUGCUGUUGCUCCAUCUGUUGAACCUCUUGAAUCUGUCGUGCUGUCAACCCCACCUGUGGAAACGGUUCAGCCUGCGCCCCCUGUUGACCCCAUAACCCCACCCUGCCCUGUUGAAGCUCUUGAAUUGACUCCACCUGUGGAAACGGUUCAGCCAGCGCCCCCUGUUGACCCAAUAACUCCACCCUGCCCUGUUGAAGCUCUUGAAUUGACUCCACCUGUGGAAACAGUUCAGCCUGCGCCCCCUGUUGACCCAAUAACUCCACCCUGCCCUGUUGAAGCUGUAGUUUUACCUCCUCCAGUGGAGACGACUCCUGUUGAGCCUGCAGUCUCAUCUGCUCCAGCUGAAGAACUUCCUCCGCUUGUGGUUCCAGCUGUUGAUUCACCACCUCCAUGUGAGCUGGCUCCACCUCCACCUCCUCCCGAGCCUGUGGCAGCACCACCCUCUCCUCCACCAGAGCCCAUGUUUGAGGAGCCCUCCAUACCAUGUUGUCAGUCUGUGUCUCUGGCUGUCGUACCAGCUGAUGCACCUCUAAGUGAACCCCCUGUAGAGCCCCUUGCCCCCCCUCCACCUGAUCCAGCUCCACCUGCUGAGGAGCCCACCAUGAUCCCGUCUCUGCCCCCUGUUGUUGAGGACGAAGUGCCUGUCGUCACCUCAGUGCCUCCACCCGCAGCAGCCCCGCCCGUUUCUCCUGAAGUGGUCGAGGAGGAGUUGAGGGAGAAGAUCAAAGAGGAGAUGCAGAGAAGUCUGGAGGAGGAGAUCAGCCAGAGGAGGCAGGAGCUGCAGCGACAUCUGGAGGAGAUGAGGACCCAGGCUCUAGAAGAGGCCAGAGCAGCAGCUCAGGCUCAGGUGGACGAGCGGGUGAAGAAGACGCUGGAGGCGGAGAAGGCGGCGUACAUGGAGAGUCUGACGGACUCCAUCAUGAAGGAGCGUAUGAAGACAGAAGACGAGAAGCUCAUGGUGCAGCUUUAUUGGAUGGAGCUGAAGGCUCAUCAACUGGAAAUGAAAGAGAAGGAGCUGAAGAAACGAGAUGCUCUCUACAAGGAACACAUUGCAAAACUUGAAGCAAAGUGUACUGAGUUCUACAAAGUGACUGCUGACAGCUUCCAGAAGGGCAAAGAGGAGACACACAACCGUUUUGCACGUUUCAAUAUCCAGCCAGUGUGCGGAGACUUGCAGAGUCAGAUCUUAAAAUGCUACAAGGACAACACAGGAAAGACUCUGUCCUGCUCGGGUAUCGCCUCCGCCUACAUGCAGUGUGUGGACAACGCCAAGAAAGAUAAAUUGAUCACGGGAGGUUAAUAACACUGAUGAGGACAACAUCUGUCAGCUUUGAUGAAGAUGAUGGCCAAAUUCAACAAACAGACGAGUUACAGAAGUCGGAGACACGAUAGAAUCUUCUUCAGCCUUUUCAUGUAUCUGGAAGAAGCGUUUCUACCCCCAGACUGACCUGUCAGGUGUUCGGCCAGUAAUCUGGUGUGAUGGUGGCGUCACAAAACUACUUUAGCUUUAAAUAGAGCGACACUCCAUGGUUGCAAUAUCUGGUUCUUGGGAUCAUCUUAAAGCCGAUUGUGCCAAUACUACAAUAAUAAUAGAUGGAUCAAAUCUUUUUCUUGUCUUUAGAAAUGUAAACAAGAGAUCAGAAGGUUUAAGUUUGUCAUACUUUAGGUGUGAAUUCAGGUGAAUGAGAUCUUGUAUGUGUGCCUUGUAGUUAUGGAAAUUAAUUAUCAGAGUGCAGUUGCAUGAAGUGACUAUUAAAUGAGCAGAGUGUGAAGUAACACGGGUGUGUUUUAGGUUAUUGUUCUGUAUAUAAAUGAUUUCAGGGAGUUUUCAUCUUUCAACUUGUCUUCCUCAACGUCUGGUGCAUGUAAAAAAAAAAUGUAAAUGGGACUCAAUAAAUUUUGCUGUGCAACCACA